AUGAAGAACGGAGUCUGCACACUGAGCGCGACGGUACUGGAGGCGCAUGCGCUGGGGAACACCAAGAUGUUUGACGUUAGGGUCGUCUGUAUGGGCAAGAGGACGUCGGUCUACAAGAGCAAGGAGGAUUUUAAGAGUGUACUGAAUAUGUUUCGCCUUGUGGGUGCCAUGAGUCGUGGCAAGAGCGACCGUUGCGAAGUCUGUGUCGCCUGCAGCGCCAUGAGCCCCCUGCGCAUAUGUGACGAGGACUCGCUCGACACGUUUCUGUCCAACGUGCUGGCUAAAUUGCGAAAGGCUGAGCCUGACGCCAUUGAACAAUGCAGUACGCACCGUGGCGUUGUGCAGAUUCUCAUGAAUUUUCUGAACGUGCGCAAUGGCAAGUACUUUUGCGAGCUGACACCUGAAAUGGAAAAAGAGCUGUCGCCUACGAACCACCAGCUACAGGACAAGUUGGAUUUGGAUCAUCCGGUUUCCCGGUGCUCACUAAACCGAACGUUGUCGGAGCAGUUUGCGGCUAGGGACUCGGUGUGCUAG